AUGUUCGGUAUAUCAUCCGAGUCAGCUUCUUCCAAGCAAAGCUUGACUCCUUCGAGCAAGAAAAAGGGUAUUUGUGGCGACAAUUAUAUGCCACCUGCCCCAACACUCCGGCAUAGCGACUAUACUAUUGGUUGGAUCUACGCUCUUCACAAUGAGAUGGCUGCCGCCCGCGCGAUGUUAGUUUGUGUUCAUAAACUACUACCAAUGGAAGCCAUAUUGGGCCACAGAACAUCGUUCUGGCAUGUUUGCCUGUUCAGUGCUGCAAAUGUGGCGAGCAAUAUACAUGUAGAUAACCUUCCAAUUGACUUACGAAGGGUGGAGCCAACGGGUAUUAGAAGCUUUUCAUCCAUUCGCACCCGCUUAAUGGUGGGGAUUGGUGGUGGAGUUCCUGGCAGCAAUAUUGACCAUCGUCUCGUGCGAAUUACCGUCCCAAAGAUGACUCCACUAGAUCACUCAUCCUACGUCUCGAGUCUUCGUGCGAUCCACGAAAUAAAGCCUAGCAAGAUCCCACAUAUAUUCCAGGAGAUGCAUGAUAAAUCUCCGGAAAGGAAUAAGCACGAUUAUCCGAAUUCUUCGCCAGAUUGGCUCUUUCGGGCUGCCUACUAG